UUUCAAUGGUAAUAAAAGCUGUCAGUGAGAGGGACUAUUGGACUGAAUACUUUUGUUUCCUGUAGUCUUAUAAAAAGCUGCUUUUCCGUGGGAGCCUGAGAGCACGCUCAAGAUGAAAGGAAGUGGAAUACAGUGGAAGGGCAGCCAAAUUCUGAUGGCUUCCUUGCAGAUGGUGCUGUUCCGGGCGGUCACGUUUGGGCUGAACGCCUUCACCCUGCGGCACCUCUCCCGGGAGCUCCUCGGCGUCGUCAACGUGAGGCUAACUCUACUUUAUUCAACAGUUCUCUUCCUAGCCAGGGAGGCGUUCCGCAGAGCUUGCUUGAGUGGGAGUACGAAGCGAAACUGGACCAAAACAAUUAACCUAUUGUGGCUGACAGUCCCUCUCGGUGUUUUUUGGUCUGUUUUCUUGGGCUUAGUCUGGCUACACUUACUUGAAGUACCUGAUCCUUCUGUGGUUCCUCAUUAUCAGGCUGGCGUAGUGGCAUUUGGCCUUUCUGCAAUUAUUGAGCUUCUGGGAGAACCAUUCUGGGUUUUAGCCCAAGCUCAUUUGUUUGUAAGACUUAAGGUAAUUGCUGAAAGCCUUUCGGUGGUGUCAAAAUGCAUUUUGACAGUUAUUUUAGUAAUCCUUUAUCCUCAGUGGGGCCUUUACAUUUUUUCCUUGGCUCAGCUUUUAUAUACCAGUGUUCUGGUAAUGUGCUAUGUAAUUUAUUUUGGAAUGUUUUUGGGAUCUCCUGAAGCAACAAAGAAGUCAUUUCCAGUCACUAGAGUGAAAGCUCUAUUACCUAAAUUGGUGGAAGAUGAGACUUUCCUUAACUGGAAGGAAGCACGGUUGACUUGGAGCUUCUUCAAACAAUCCUUCUUGAAGCAGAUUUUGACAGAGGGUGAACGAUACGUGAUGACGUUUUUGAACGUGUUAAAUUUUGGAGAUCAGGGUGUAUAUGAUAUUGUGAAUAAUCUUGGUUCACUGGUGGCCAGGUUCAUCUUUUUGCCUAUUGAAGAGAGUUUUUAUGUCUUCUUCGCUAAAGUAUUGGAAAGAGGGAAGAAUGUCAAGGAUCAGAAGCAGGAUGACAUUGCUAUGGCUGCAAAUGUAUUAGAACUGCUGUUGAAACUUGUGCUUCUGAUUGGCCUUACCAUCACUGUUUUUGGAUAUGCCUUUUCCCAGCUGGCUCUGGAUAUUUAUGGAGGCUCAAUGCUCAGUUCUGGAACAGGUCCAAGUCUCCUCCGGUGUUACUCUUUAUAUGUCCUGUUUCUUGCUAUCAAUGGAGUGACAGAAUGUUUUACGUUUGCUUUGAUGUGCAAAGAAGAGGUAGACAGGUACAAUUUUGUUAUGCUGGCCUUGUCCUUCACCUUCCUGUGCAUCUCCUACUUCUUGACCCAUUGGCAUGGCAGUGUAGGCUUUAUCCUCGCAAACUGCUUUAAUAUGGGUAUUCGAAUUGCUCACAGCACCCACUAUAUCUAUGAUUACUUCAAGGAAAGCACUUACAGACCUUUGACAGGCUUACUUCCCUCACCAUUUUUGAUACUUGUUUAUGUCAUAAGUGGAGUAAUUACUGUUUUUUCAGAGGUAUUCUUCUGCUGCGAUAAGGGUUGGAUGGCAAGGCUGAUUCACAUCAGCAUUGGGGCUGCGUGCUUUGCAGCAACCAUCAUUACUAUGUUCUGCACAGAGACCAAGCUGGUUCACUUUGUCAGAAGCCAGUUCCUCUCCCGGUAUAUGAAGAAGGGAACAUGAAACACUCCUGUGCAAAAGAAUGCCCUUACAUGCUGGCAGUGAAGGGCUGUGUCUUUUGCAUAGAUCUGUGUGGAAAAAAGUUUCCACAUGAGUUUGAUGGAAGCAUUGAUACUGGAAUAGCGAUGUAGAUGGUUGCCGUUUGAAUAUUAUUUCUUCUAAACUGGUCAGUACAGUGAAAGAGCUGAGUAAUUUCCUCUUCAUGCAUCGUUUGUUUCAAGCUUUUCUUCCAAGAGCCUCUUUGGUGAUGAAGGUCUAUGAUACACCCCUCUGACAUACCCUAUUUGCCAGAUGUAAUGUAGGGAGCUUCCAUUCUUACCAAUAGGGACUACAUAUAUGAAGGUAUUUUAUGACUUACAUUUAAUUAAGAUGUAAUUAAGAAUGACCUCAGUGAGCACGGUGGGCUGUUUAACUCUUUAGAAAAGAAAUGGUCUGACAUAAAUACAAAACAAAACACUGGAGCAAGGACCAAUAGCAACUAUUACCAAAUACCAAUAACCGUUACCAAAAUAGAAUGUAAUGUGGUGAAGAGAAGUCUGAGUUAUCAGUGUCCUGAGUUAUCAGUGUCCAGUGUAAAGCAUUAAACAGAAAGUGCCAACACUUGCAGAUACAUUAAUAGAAUACACAGCAUGUGUCCAUGCUAGCUAUGUAAGAUUACUUCAUUCAGCGUCAUUCAUUUAGUGAUGAUAUUAAUUAACUUGUCAAAAAUUCUCUGAAGCUUUAACUCAAAAAAAACCCCAAACAUAUAUGUAUAUUUUUGAGCACUGGUUAAACAAGUCUGAAAUGCAACCAUGCUGAAGUUCCGGAAGGCUGAGUUAAACACAAUUUCUUUCACUCCAUUGGUUUUUGUUUUUAUUUGAGAUUUUCACUGCAAGUGCGAACAAGUAUGUCUUAAUAAAAAUGACUUUUGCUUUUCUGCAAAACUGAAUGUUAAAUGUAUAGUACGAUGUCUUCCAAGGGUUUGUGCAUAUGCUUUUGAUUUUGGAUAGAAAGUGCUGCUUUUUCUUGAAAAGAGAUUUAUCUUGUUCCUUUACAUGUUCGGUCUUACCUUUUUAUUCAUUUUUUUAACUUAAAUUAUGGAAAACUUGGGUGCUUAGAAACUUUAAAAUGAUGUAUUAGGUCGCUGAUACGUGUUUGCCAAAGGUUUAUUUUGUUGCUGGUCGAAGACUUGAAUUGGCAGUUUCGGAAUGUACAAGAAUCGCGUUUAUAACGAUCAGUGUUCCUUUGCGGUGUCUGAACGGACCAGAAAUGUCAAGUGCACUCAGACCUGCAGUCUGAAGGUUUUAGUUUAAUUACAUAGCAACUCUGCAGCUCCUGGGACAGCUUUAAAAAUACAUCACUGUAAUGGCAUUGUGGAGUCCAUACUGGUAGCUGUAGCUCUAGUGUCAGCGUCUUCAGUUUGGUGCUGUUAGAGACAUUUUGUAAACUCCUGCAAUUUUCACACAGAGGGUAUCACCAGAGAUACUUUAUAUGAGAUUUAGGGAUAGAAAAAUUAUCUUGGAGAAACCAAAACACAACAGUAGAAGGAAAAAUGUACUACUCAGUGCAUGGUGGUGUUUCCAUUGCCUCAACAGAUGGUAGCAUAUAGAGAUUUGCUGGUUCUUCUGAAGUUGUUAUGAAAUUUGUUUAAAUAAACUUGACAGCAGUUUGUCCUCUUACAUGAAUUUGGUAUUUGUUUGCCUUUAAAUUUGUUCUCUUUUGAGUUGUCUUGCAGCUUUUUUCAUUUUUCUAUCGCAAGUGGAGUUUAUGAAGUGCAGUUCCAUACAUUGCAGGGACUUGGGUCUCUUUUCUUUGACCUCUUAAUUCAUAAUUUUUUAAAAAAAUGCACUUUCAGACUCUUUUUAGGGUCUGUCUUUUUCUGCACGACUCUGGGACCUUAUUGUGGGAAUACCUCAAAUCUGCAUGGCGAAUUAGAACUGCUUCCUAGAAUGAGACAUUUUGUGUAGCCCUGCACAUGAUGUGCUUUGGCGAUGGAAGGAGUUUUAAAGCAAAAUGAGCUUGAAGUCUUCCUGUGUUGCCUAGUCUUAUGAUCCCAGCUGUACAGUGAUAGUACUUCUGCUACUGGUGUUGACGUAGGGUGACGUGGGGUCUCACUGCUCAAACAGUAUGCUGCCUAGUCUCAUAAAUCUUGUUUACCAUAGAUGCUGUAUAUGAACUAAAGGGAAUUUAUAUAUUUUUAAUUAUUUUGAUUUUAUAUUGAUAUGGCUUAUCAGUAUCUCUUCUCAACAAGUGAAAAUGGAAUUCCGUAUAUCGAGAAGACAUCUAAGGUGGCUUAGUUCAUUUGCAAAUUAAGGAUACAUUCCUAUUUAAGCUCGAUCUUUAGCAAUUAAGUGGGUGUUUUUUGUUGUAUUUUAUGUGGCAGGAAACCUAAGGAGUAACAGGACUUACAGACCUACAAAGCUGUCUCCUGGUUUCUUACUUAUCUUUGUGAUCCUUAAUGUGAAAGCUGUUAAUUGCCUUAUAAAGAAGCAAACAUGGUUAAACCUGGGGACAACGUUGGGAUUGAACUUGUUGCUGCUUCCUUCUGUCAAAGGCACAGUAGGAUGUUUGUAAAUUUCUUGAAGCUGUUUUGCAGAGUUUCUCUGAAAUUCUUUAGUUUAAGCAAGACGAGGAUUAAACUGUUUUUCUUCGGAGAAAAAAUUGAUUUCAUGCUUCGUGUGACGUGGUUCUUUAGUACUUGGAUGAAUGACACUCAGACAACUGUGAUAUACAAUGGCUAUAUAAUAGGAUAAGAAAUAAAGUUUAUUUCCCAUA